AUGUUGUCGUUCUUCGCUCAAAUUUUGUUGGUAGCAUCGGGCGCACUCGCUGCGCCGGUGGAGAAUGCCCAGAGCGCCGCAGCAACUGUAGGCAAAAUACGUGGCGUUCGCGACCCAAUUUACCAUCUAUACUUGCAAGCAAGCGCUAAGAAUGCAUCAAUCCCUGUGCUGGGACCCGAAACCGCAGCUGACGAAUUUACCAUCGGCGGUACCAUCCAAUCGAAAAAGACAAGCCAGUAUCUGAACAUUGCGACCGCAUCGACAAGCUACAAGCCGUUGGUAUGGGGAGCCACUGGGGAGACUACGGCGUGGGGAUUGGAGGGUGAUACUAUCAUUACUGUGCAGAGUAGUAGCUAUGGACGACGAGUCGUCACCGGCGCGAACAAGGGCAUCGGACGCGCCAUCGUGCAGCAGCUCGCUCUGCAGUACCCCAAGUCGCCGCUCAACAACGGACCCUUUCUGAUUUAUUUGACGGCUCGCGAUCAGGGCAGAGGAGAAGCUGCCGUUAAGGAUUUGGAGCAAGAUGCGGCAUUGAAGCAGGCCAAGGCAUUGAAGGCCGACGGUGGCCUCUCUGAGAUCAAGUUCCAUCUGCUUGACAUCACAAGCAGCAGCAGUAUCAAGACCCUUGCGGACCACUUGAAGCAAGCUCAUGGGGACGGCAUUGACUUUGUCAUCAACAACGCUGGUAUCGCGUUGGACGGCUUCAAUGCCGACCUCGUCAAAACAACCCUCGACUGCAACUACUACAAGACGCUCGAGGCGUGCCACACCUUCCUUCCCCUCCUCAAGCCCACCGGUCGCAUCGUGAACCUCGGCAGCAUGGCUGGCAAGCUCAACAAAUACUCCGAAGAAGUUCGCAACCGCUUCCUCGCCUCCAAGACCGAAGAAGAUGUCACAAGCAUCAUGAAGGACUUUGUUGCUGCUGUCGAAGCUGGCAAGGAGAAGGACGCUGGCUUCCCUAGUGCCGGAUAUGCUGUGAGCAAGGCAGGAUUGAUUGGAGGCACACGGGCGCUGGCCAGACAAGAGAAGGAGAAGGGAAGUAAGGUAUUGAUCAAUACCUGCUGCCCAGGUUAUGUCAACACGGACAUGACAAAGGGCAACGGAACUAGGACUGUAGAAGAAGGCGCUCAAACCCCCGUAAUGCUCGCGAUCCACGACAUCCAAAACAAGACAGGUGCUUUCUGGCAGUACGAGAAGGAGAUCGACUGGGUUGGUUAG